CUCUCUCCGUCUGUCCUCCUUCCGGUCUCUCUCUCAGUCAGUCUCUCUCUCUCUCUCUGUGGAGAGACUAUGACUGUGACCUACUCCAGUAGGGUUGCUAAUGCUACGUUCUUUGGUUUCCAUCGCCUGCUGCUGCGGUGGAGGGGCAGCAUCUACAAGCUGCUCUACCGAGAGUUCUUCAUCUUCGCCCUGCUCUACAUCGUCCUCAGCCUGGUCUACAGGUUUGUCUUGUCUGUCGACCAGAAGAGGUUCUUUGAGAAGCUCAGCCUUUACUGUGACAGAUACGCUGAGCAGAUACCAGUCACUUUCAUCCUGGGUUUCUAUGUGACUCUGGUGGUGAAUCGCUGGUGGAACCAGUUUAUCAAUCUGCCCUGGCCUGAUAGACUCAUGUUCCUUAUCACCAGCUGUGUCCAGGGCCGGGAUGAGUACGGCCGGCUGCUCCGUCGGACCAUGAUGCGCUACGUCAACCUCACCUCCAUCCUCAUCUUCCGCUCCGUGAGCACCACCGUCUGCAAGCGCUUCCCCACCAUCGAGCACGUGGUGGAGGCAGGCUUCAUGACUCCUGAGGAGAGGAAGCUGUUUGAGAACAUCAACUCUCCUCACCUGAAGUACUGGGUCCCCGUGGUCUGGUUCACCAACCUGGCCGCCAAGGCCCGCAAGGAGGGCCGCAUCCAGGACAGCGUGGACCUGCAGGCCAUCCUCAAGGAAAUGAAUAAGUUCAGAACUUGGUGUUCCACGCUGUUUGGGUACGACUGGGUUGGAAUCCCCCUGGUUUAUACACAGGUGGUGACUCUGGCGGUCUAUACCUUCUUCAUCGCGUGUCUGAUUGGCCGGCAGUUCCUUGACCCCUCCCAGGGUUACCCGGGUAACGACCUCGACCUCUACGUCCCCAUCUUCACCCUGCUGCAGUUCUUCUUCUACUCUGGAUGGCUAAAGGUAGCGGAGCAGCUCAUCAACCCGUUCGGCGAGGAUGAUGACGACUUCGAGACCAACUGGAUCAUCGACCGCAACCUGCAGGUGUCCCUGCUGGCAGUGGAUGAGAUGCACAUGAACAUGCCCCAUCUGACCCGGGACAUAUACUGGGACGACGCGGCCGCCCAGCCCCCCUACACGGUGGCCGCCGCCGACUACUGCAUCCCCUCCUUCCUGGGCUCCACCACCGACAUGGGACUGUCUGAUAUCCUUCAGUUUGAUGAGGCGGAUCUGACAGACGGUUGCCCGCGGCAACAGGAAUCUGUUUCUGCUCAUCGUCAAGAUUCGGUCCUGGGUCACGUCCGGCGAAUGCUCAGCGUCCAGGAGCCUCCAGAGCUGGUCCCCCCGCGACCCGGGUUCAAACGCCACAGCAGCGACGCCACCGGAACCUUCUUCCCCUUCAUGCCCAACUACAGGGUCCACCCCAGUGGGGAGGGCCGGGCUCCGCCCCACACACCCCUCCCCUCUCAAGGAGACACCUUGGACACGCUGAGAGAGCUCAGCAGCCCCAUCUCCCGGGACUCCCAAGCACCCCCCCAACUCCCCAAGGUUGUCAUCACCCCCUCGGCCUCCCGGAAGCCUGGGCCUCAGGUAGACUCGGCCUCCCCAGCACAGGCGGCUCCGAAAGGGGACAGCGGCAGCUGUAUCUCUCUCUGUUCCACCUCUCUCACCCAGUUGGGUCCUAAGAGGUUUCGUUGGAGCAUCCCUAAAGACCGGGACCCCCGCGGCGGGGGGGUCCCGGCGCGGCCCCCGGGGCCCCGGGGCCGCCAGACCUCCUUCCAGUUCUCCAGAAAGUCAUCCAGGCUGUCGGUACGAAGCCUGCCCAGCCCCACGGGCCUGGAGAGGAGGGGGGGGGACCUCUACAGGGACCCCGGCUCACCCGACCCCGGGGCCCUGAGCCAGAAGGGCCCCCUGGAGGACCCCGGCCCCGUCGCCCAGAUCCAGGAGGGCACCGUCGCCCAGAGCCAUGCGGGCCCCUGGCAGGCGGGCCCCCAGGAGGCCGACCUGCAGGGCCUGGCCGGGGGGCUGCCUUAGACCUUUCAAGCCUGCAGCUGAGCACACGCAGUAGAAAGAAACCAACGACAGUCCAGACAACCAAUCCCACGACCAAUCACAGAGCUCAGGCACCGCCCCACAGCCUGUGAUUGGCUACUGAGUUCCCCCAUCACUCUAUGUGGAAGUCGAUAGGAUUUGAACUUGAGGGAAACUUGUGUUUUAAGUGCAAAAUGCUCCACAAUAUUUUUGAAUGUACAAAUUAUUCCUGUUCUAGUUUGUGGACUGAUUGUGUGAUGUUAGUAUUUUGAUCAUCGCCAUUAGGUUAUUGUUGGCUUAUUGUUGUGGCCCUGCUACCAGAAUAGCUGGACUCGUAUCUCAUGUGAUGUUCUCGACGCUAACCUUUGUGUUCACUAAUAAACUCCUCCUCUCAACACCAA